AUGUUACAAGGCCCUGAACUAAAGUAUCAAAAACUUGAAAAGUUCAACUAUGCCUUGAUAGUAGCAUCUAGAAGGCUUCAGCCUUAUUUUCAAUCUCACACCAUAAGAGUUCGAACGAACCAGCCCAUGAAGCAAAUCCUUCAGAAAACAGAUGUUGUGGGCAAAAUGGUUCAAUGGGCUAUAGAGUUAUCCGAGUUUAACUUCAAGUACAAAACUCAUACAGCAAUAAAAACCCAAUGCCUUACCGACUUCGUAGCCGAAUACGCGAGAGAUCAAGAGGAAACCUCUGUGACCUGGGAACUAUACGUGGAUGGCUCCUCCAACAGAGUCGGAAGCGAUGCAGGCAUAAUACUGGUCAAUGAGAAAGGAACUCAAAUAAAAGUCUCCUUGAAGUUUGAAUUUCCGGCCUCCAACAAUCAGGCAGAAUAUAAAGCCCUGAUUGUCGUACUAAAGCUGGCAAAUGUUGUCGGAGCAACCAAAGUAGUAGUUUUCAGCAACUCUCAAGUUGUUACUUCUCAAAUUAAUGGAAAGUAUCAGGUUAAAGACCCAAACAUGAAAAGGUACUUAGAGAAAACUAUGGACCUUAGGCGAUUCCCCGAAAUCGAGGUGAGACACAUAACUCGAAAACUCAACAACAGAGCAGACGCUCUCUCCAAGUUAGCAAGUACCAAACCUGGGGAAAAGAAUAGAAGUCUGAUCCAAGAAACUCUCCAAGAACUCUUAGUUACGAAGACAGACACCAAGUUAGACGUCUUAGAAGUUUCUGGAUUAGAUCUCGGAUGGAUGACUCCUCUGAUCGAAUACUUAAAAUUUGACAUCCUACCCGAAGAACAAAAAGAGGCCAAAAAGAUCCGAAGGGAAGUAGAGAACUACACUUUAGUAAGAAAUAUCCUUUACAGAAGGGGGAUAUCCACACCAUUGUUGAAGUGCGUCCCGACUUCUAAGGCGGAAGAAGUCCUGGAUGAAGUGCAUAGUGGCAUCUGUGGAAACCAUCUCGGAGCAAGAUCUUUAGCCAAAACGGUUAUCCGAGCUGGAUUCUUCUGGCCAAUCCUGCAAAGAGAUGCCACCGACUUCGUGAAAAAGUGUUAA